UCACAGGACAGUCCCACAGGGCCGUCCCAAACAACUGAAAGCGGCUUCCCUAGUCCAGGCCACGCCAACUUGUAAAUAAAGGUUGGAGGACCAGCUAUCAAUGGCAGGUGGGCGGCUCGGCCUCGCGAAACAAAGCUGGGGCCCCAUCCCACAGACCUCGGCCGUGCACGCCCGCUGCCCGCCCGCCGCGGGCCCGCCAGCCAGCCCCGAAGCCCAGACCGCGCCACCACCCCCCGCGACGGCCAUGGGAGCCCAGCCGAUGGAGACUGGCCGCAGGAGACAGGCCGCCGCACCCCGCGCGCCCGCACAACCGCCGCUGCCGGAACGCGCAGGCAGCCCAACCGCCGUCCCGGCCCAACCAACGCGGGCAGGGGAGGAGAGGUACUUACACGACGUUGGCUGAGGGGAGCUGGAAGAUCAGCGGGUCCCCGAUCCUCUCUCCCUAGGGGUGAUGGAAAUCAAACCCCCCCGCCACCUCCAGGUGGUUCUUCCCGCCGCAGAGUGGGAGCAGCAUAAAAGGCGGGGCCUUAUUAGCAUAAUCUGCCUGGCAACCUGAUCUCGACGUUAUAUGAUUGGUUACACUCUGUAAACUCCAGGCCGUGCCUAGAGACGAGAAACGCUGGGGCGAACUGACAGGCCCAGAUUUAAGAGUCAUGACGAAGAUCCUGAGACGCUUAUUCAGUCGGCAGAGAAGCCAAAAGGAGAUUCACACAAUGGCCCAAUGACUGAAGGCCUCUUUAUUUCGUGCUCUACUGUUCACGUAAAAUCCAAUCGAAGAGCGGGUCUCAGGCGGCGCUCGCCUGCGUUUGUACUCUAAGCCAAUCAGAAAGCCCGACUCUUUGCAUUCAGGGUCAAGCCCCCUCUGGGGCCUGGACACGGUGGAGGAAAGUAUCCAGCGGUGUGUCCGCAAUUAGAGGACUGACUGUGCGCGGGGAUUCCCAGCCCAUAUUCCCGCACGCCUGAGAGGCUCAGAGUUCUGGGGAGCACACCAGGGCUGUGGCGGGACAGGCGUCAGCUGGGGCCUUCCCGCCCCACCAGGAGUUUUCAUCCCAAGGGGCCUGCCAGCCUCGCGCGGGCGAAAACCAAACACUACCACAACGCUUCCAGGCUCAGCGCGCCCAGGACACUCCUCAGUCUUAAGUCUUUCAGGGUGCGCCCCGCUGACCCAGGCGCAGCCCAUCCACCUUUCAGUCCUUGGGAACCUGUCUGCGUUCAGUUCCUGUCAAACCAGAAACCGUCUUCACUGCAUCUCUCCUCCCCCCUUUACCAUUCUGAAAAUUAAAUUGAGUUCCAUAAACACUGAGAAGCAUUAGUUAACUCUGGUUAAACAAGUGAUUUAAGCCAUUCAUUUCUCAACCUCAGACUUCCACAUCUUAUCCUCUCUUAAAGUUGCCUUCUCAAAGGGCAACAAAGUAGAUAGCAGCUCAGGCUUUGGAAUACAAACCUCAAUUCUAACUACCCGCUGGCAAUAGGGAAGGCAACUAGUUUUCAAAGACCUUGGACCUUUGUACUUUCAGGGAAUAGUUUUCUCAUCCACCUUUUGAAGAUUAAAUGAGAUCUCUCUUUAAAAUACUGAGUAAAGUGCUUUCCUUAGCACACUGCCCAGAACUUAAACAGAAUGCUGAUGAUAAAACCUACAAACUGGCUAAACUAUUAUCUAACAAAAAAAAAAAAAAAGGAGAAAAUGGGGGAGGGGGGACGACAGAUAUUUCCCCUUGUAGAUAUUUUCUUGAGAACAGAAAAUAUCUACAAGGGGAAAAACUAAAAUUCAUUUGAUAUUCUCUUUACUGAUUUGUUUAAAUAAUUGAAAAUAGUGGAAAGAAGAGGAGACUGUUCUGUUUUUAAAAAUUCAAAAACAGCUGGGCACAGUGAGGCAGGCUGUGAUCCCAGGAGGCUGAGGCAGGAGAAUCAUAAAUCCAAGGCCAGUCUCAGCAAUUUUUCGAGGCCCUGUCUCAAAAUAAAAAAAAUAAAAUAAAAUAAAAAGGGCUGGGGAUGUGGCUCAGUUGUUAAGUGCCCCUGGGUUCAAUCCCUGGUACCAAAAAAUAAAUAAAUAAAGGUUAAGAGUAAUAAACCUUGCUGAAUUUAAUUGAAAAAAUAUAUAAGGGGAUCUGAUGAGGUAAACUUUAACAUUUUUGGUGAGAAGUGAUAUUCAUUAUUCACUCUUUACUGAGUAUAUGGACAUGGAAGUCAUUUGCCUUAAGAAUGAAUAUAUUGGCUAAGAGAGUCAUUAAAAUGAUCUCUUUUUAGUGUUGUGAGUGACAUAUUAUGCCAAAGGUUGGACAAAAGCUCCCACGCCUUAAAACCCUUGGCCUCUGAGGAGAAUUCCUUUUGAGAUUCAUUAGAAUUGGAAGUCUCUGAGGUCUGCUAACCAGAAAUGACACAAGAAACCAAAAGAACAUUCAUCGUGAGAUGUGGGCCUACUUGAACCAGAGUGUCCCAGUUAUCCUCACGAACUUAAAGAAAUGUUCUAAAACUUAGAAGUACACAAAUAUUACAAGUAGACACCAUCCCACAGCUUGUUUUUAUUCAAGAUGGUCUGAAAUGAAUCUUAGGAAUUUGCUUUUUAUAUGGCUUUAAAUAGUUUCUUAAAAUUUACACAGUAAAGGGCUGGGGUUGUGGCUCAGCGGUAGAGCACUUGCUAGCUCAUGCAAGGUGCUGGGUUCAACCCUCAGCACCACAUAAAAACAAAUAAAAUAAAGGUACAAAAAAAUUUACAAAGUAUAAGCCAUUUAUUGUGGUGUACAGAAAAUAUUUAUUAUAUAUGUACUGUAUACCAGUCACUGUUCUACACAAUGAGGAUAGAAGAGGGAACAACAACAACAAAAUAUUAACUCCCUGCUCUCAUGGAGUUUCCAGUCCCAGGGAAGCCACCUAAGAAAAUUCAUAAAUAAUUUUAGGUGAUAGCCAGACACAAUAGUACAGUGUAAUCCCAUCAACUCAGGAGGCUAAGGCAGGUGGGUUAUAAAUUCAAAGCCAGCGUCAUCAACUGGCCCUAAGCAACUUAGCAAAACCCUGUCUCAAAAUAAAAAUAAAAAUGACUAUGGAUGUAAUUCAGUGCAGUAGUGCCCCGGGUUACAUUCCUAGAACCUAAUAAUAAUAAUAUAUCAUAAUAAACAUAAUAAUAAUUUCUCUAUUAUAA